CCGUAACUACAAACAUCAACAACUGGCCUAAGUGAACCAAGUGAAUAUUUUUAAUCAUAAUACCAUAGGCUAAGAUAAGUAAAUAAAAAUUGGGAAAAUAGUUCGCCUUAUUCGUAUCUCCCAAUACGGUUAUUUCAGGCUCCAUUUAUCGUUUACGUUGUUAACCUGUGCCUAUACUGUUUCGGUUUCGGAUAAUAAAAUGAAAUGUCCCUUGCCUUAAAUUAACUUAAAUAUUACCCGAUUUAUUUGUCAAUUUUGUUUUUUAACUUUUCGGGAGUUCGUGGUUUCAGUUUCAAAUAUUGACAAAUUCUAAGAAUAAUCUAAGAAAGGGAACAAGCGCUCUGAAAUGAGUAAGACAUUCACUUCUAGGCCAGCUGUGCAAAAUAGAGGGAGAGGUAGAGGACGAGGUACAACAACAUCAACGAGAUCCAGGGGAAGAGGGACAGCGUUAGAUGUUCCCAGUGAUAUGAGUGAGAGUGAUACUAAUAGAAUUAAUAGAUCACAAGUUCAUCACACAUUCAAUUCUAACAUGAACAGUGGCAGAGGACAAGGGUUUAAUAAUAACUACCAUAACCAGUAUGAUAGGGCUACCGGUAAUCAUGCUACAAGAAGUAGGCCUACCAAUCAUUUAAGAGGUAAGAGUAAUAUUAUAAAAAACUGUGGCCAGGUGAAGAUAAAAUUUGAUAAGAUGAAUUCAAUGAUUAUACUUUUAAAAAAAAUAAGUAGGCCUAAUUAAAAUUGUGUGUACUUUUAUGUCUCUUUAAAUUUAUUGACUUUAGGAGAAAUCAGUGAGAAAAUAUUAAUAAUAAGGCAGUUAACAAUAUGACUAAUAGAAAAGUUAAACUCAUAUAAUGAGUUUAACCUUAUUAGUUGAGCUUACUGCUUAGCCAUCAGAAAUAUUUGUCAUUGCUGGACUGGUAUUCUCUAGGAUAUUAUUUAACUAAAGACUAUAUGCCUUGAUGGGACAAUAAGAUGUUUGUGAACAUACAUUUUCUUUCUUCUAUUGGGAUGAGUGUGUGCUUGAAUUCAGUCUUAGUCAAUACUUUUUUUAAAUACAAAAACAUUGCUAGAGAUUUAGGAUCUUUGACAGCAUAAAAAUAAAUGUAUGAUUUGAUGACCAAGUAGCACAGGAUUGUUAUAAAGCAAAUACAUUUUUGGUUAUCCACAUUGUGUCUGUUUUUUUUUAUUGGAAAAAAAACUGUAAAUAAAUCUUUUGCAAGAUCUUAACCUUGCUGAAAACAACAUUGUCUAUUUAAAAAAAACAAAAAAAAUGUAAUUAUUUAUAGCCAAAUAAUGAUGACAAUGGUGAACACAACCCAGAGCAACAAACAUAGUAAAAGGGAUCUCUUUAUUUUAACUUCUGUUAAUUUCUUAUCCUCGUAAACAAAGCAGUUUAACAGGGAAAUUUAUGUCCAUGAAUGCAAAAGGGUUGAUUACAUCAAAGAAUAUGGUUCACGUUAGUUUCUCCAUUAGUAUGGCAAACAUGGUAGAUUUAAAAGAAACCGUUAACUUAGUUUUCCAACUUAAAGUAUUAUAAUUUAUUCAUUCAUUAAUCAAUAAUCUCUUGAAAUGAAAAAUUACAAAUUACCCUGAUACAGCUUUUAAAUUAGGAACUUGUCAUCGAGUAAUAAUCUUAUCAUUAACAAAAAAUUAUGAAAGGAAAUUUAUCUUUGUGGAAUAAAUUAGAAUCAUUUUCACCUGCACAUCUUUUGUUAGGAUUCAGGUACCAAAAGAGAAGGGCUUUUUCUGAAUCUGUUUGAGCAUUUAAAGUUAUCAUACAUUCACACCAAGCUUCUCUUUCAUUUUUAUAAUAUUAGAUCACUCUCAGAGAACUAAAGUAAAACUUUUAUGCCUAAACCUAAUAAAUUAUAAUGAUGUUACUUGAGGUUUUUCUUUUGAAUUUUGGUAUUACAAAAACAUAAUUUAUUUGCCUUCUUCAUCUUAAUGGUAAUUUCUAAUACAAUUUAUAUAAAUAUUUUAGUCAUCAGUUCUGUUCUGAUUCACUUCCAGCUGGUUAUGGAGGCAACCCAUACCAAGAUGAGCAUGAUGAUGUUCAAGAUGAGGCAUCAAGCAACACACCACAACAAAAUACAGACCCAACAAGAGGGCAGUAGUAAGUUGAUUUGUCACAUAAAACAUGACAGUCAUAUAAAACAUGAAUGACUGAGAGUCACAUAAAACAUGAAUGACUGACAGUCACAUAAAACAUGAAUGGCUGACAGUCACAUUAAACAUGACUAUCACGUAAAAAAAAUGACAGUCACAUAAUACAUGACCUUCACAUAAAGCAUGUUAGCCUCAUAAAGCGAUUUAGCAUUGUUCCCGGGUUGGUUUGCUUUAGCUUUACCAAAUUAAUCUGUGGAAGUCAACAGAUUCUUGUCUUAAUUUCAUCUAACUUAUCAUUACUAACAUACAUUCUCUGCCAGGCCAGGAGAAAUAAUUCUGAAUUUAGAACUGGUCCUUCCAUUUACAUCCUGCUUCAAAAAUUUACAAAUUAACCAUUAUGGUCUGUAAUGCAUUGAUAGAAUGCUUGCCUGUCAAUUACAGGGUGACUUUCAAUUUUCUCAUCCUUAUUUUGAAAUAGAUUUUAUUUCAUCUUUUGUAAAAUUUAUCAUAGCCAAAUUUUGAGAGAAUAGAAAAUUUAAUUUCCAUAAUUUUGAUGGAAUAUUUCUAGUAAUGGAAAUAAUAAUUCUUGGUACCUGUGCAAACACUUUAUAUACAUAUAUAUAUUGUUAAAGUUGUUGUUAAUUUGAAAAAAGAAAAUGUUAAUACAUAUUUCACUUUUAAUAGUAUGGCAUGAAAUUAAUGAUUUUAAAGGUUUAAAAGAAAAGUAUAAUAAACUUAUUUUGUGUUCAUUAAAUAGGCCUAUGACAUAAUUCUUGAUUUAAAAGGAUAUAACGGUCUCUUAGGUUGAAAGUUUAUAUAUUUCAUUAGCACAGGGGCAUACACAGUGUUUCAACCAAAUGAAAGGAAACGUGCACAAGUUAGUGCAAGUGAGUGUUACAAGACUGAAGUAAAAUUUGGUUCUUAUUUCAUUAGGAUAUAUUAUAAAAAAUGUUAUUGUACUUUUUUUUCAUGUAAAUUUUAAUUUCUGUUUAGUCUGGGUCUUGCAAAUCUGGAGUUGUUUUUUUUUAUUACUUCUAGUAUUUUAGGAUUUAAUUUAUUCAACAAUGAGUUAACUUUAGGAUUAAUCUUGACUACACUCAAUCAGGUUACUCUUAUAUUUCAUUUGAUAUCCUGAUAGUGGUACACCUUCUUGUAAAAAAAAAGAUAGUUAUUACAUUCAUUCUAAUAAAAUGUACAUUUUCACCUAUUUUAAAUUAUUCUUAUUGACAGUGGCACAGAGAGAGGCCCAGCAGUAUCAGCAGUAUAAACAAGCCACAGCCAUAAGACAAGUCAACUUUGUUGGAAGGGCCGGUAUAAAGUUUUUAAAAUAGUGGCUUGAGCUCUGUGCACUAACUUUUAUGGAAUUUAUUGUUGGUUGCUUACCAGGGGAGGGGAUGAAUGUUAAAAAAAGUGACCUGGGUUUUGUAUUAACAUCAAAUUUGUAGGUGAUGGUUUACAAUGGGAAACUUAAAUUAAUUUAGUUUUAAACCUGAUAUAAAAAAAAAUGUAUUUCUUCGACUUGCUAUUAUUAUUGCUCUGCUCUGAGAUUAUUUGAUAACGAAAUCAACUGACAUGCGCAGGUGGAUCUGAUAUGACUGAAGAGCAGGUCAGGCUAAGGCAAGCUAAAGCGGUCAGGGAUCAGAAGUUAAAUAGACUGGUCAGUAUUUGCUUUGUUUGAAUCAGUAUGUCAGGGAUCAGAACUUACAUAGACUGGUCAGUAUUUGCCUUAUUUGAUUCAGUAUGUUUUUAUUUCAAUAAAGCUUCUAUCUUAUUUUAUGACUCUCAAAGACUAUAAUAAUCCUAUGUUGGAUUCAAUUUUACCAUUUUUUUUAAUGAAAUAAAAUUUUGCCACAGUAAAAAUAGUGAAAUUUAUUGUAUUCCUUUAUUAUUUUCAAACAUAUUUUAAAUUAGUGAAAUCAUCAAAUGGAUGAAAUCCAAAGUCAAGAGGGGUAUAAUUUUUAACAUGCUUAAGGUUUCUUAUUGAUUUCAAUUUUUCUUUCUUGACGUUUUACUUCCACAUAAUGGAAAAAAUAAAAAUAACAAAAACUAACAACAUUUUCCCUGGUACAGCUAUAAGAGAGGCUAUAAGAUGCAGACACAAUAACAUUUUCAAGUUGGAAAAUAUUGUUUUCUCUUGGUUAGUUUAAUGACAGGAGUCUUUAUGACUACAGCUGACAUAAUUAACCAAAGAAUUAUCUAUAAUUACAUUUAUUGAUUUAAAAUACAUCACCUGAGGUCAUUUUUGACAAAAUCACUACCAACCUGUGUCAAAUAAAGGUAAUCAAAAUUUGAUGAAAUUUGGACUUUAAAUAAGCUAUUUCAUUUAAAAUAUGUGAUUUAUGGAUUAGGAAUGGUUGUAAAUAAUGUGAUUAUAUUGGAAUGUAUGAGCAGCUAAGGGGAGAUUAUUGAUGAAUGUUUCUGGUUGCUAUGUUAUAUGGUCACUGAUUGGUGUCGUUCUGGAUAUUGAUUUAUUGAGGCAUUUUUGUAUAGCGCUUACCUUACAGCUCUAAGCGCUUUACAAUUAUUAAAAAUAUGUAAACUAUUUAAACUGUUUAAAAAGUUAUUUUGUUUAAAUUGUAUAUUUUCAUAGUUUUCUUUUUUGGCCUUAAACAUUUUUAUUAUAGUAUAUUCAGGAGAAUGUAACUAUUGGGGGAUAUCCUGUGAUUUCUACAUAUUUUAAUUGUUCUGUUACAGCUUAUGUGAACUAAAUUAUAGUUGUAGAUUUUAUGGGAUUCUGUCCACAAGAAUUCAUUCCUGUAGAGGAGCGGUUAUUAUUUAUUUUGUUUAAAUUUUAUCAUCAGCAACGACAGGAAGCUCAGCGGGAAGAAACGAAGAGGGCAGAAGAAAAGGUUAUUGAAGAGAAAAGGGCAGAGGCCAGGAGAAAAGUAAGUUUUCUGUUUACACUUAAUUAUUUGAGCACUUUAAGAUCUACAUCAGGUGACCCCAACCACGGGACCAAAACCACGGGACCCCAAAAAUGGGACCCUAACCACUGAACCCCAACCACGGGACCCCAACCACUGGACCCUAACCACUGGACCCUAACCACCGGACCCUAACCACUAGACCUUACUGGUCUCUGCAUUGUGAGAUGGGACGCAGUUUUUAUUAAACAAUAAUUCUGUUGAAGAUUAGAAAUAUUUGUUCUAGUAAAGCCACAAGUAAAAAAUACUUCUACAUUCACUCCCUUGAAUAAAGAAUGAUCUCAUGCUAUAGUUAACAAAUGUGGGAGGCUAAUCUUUUUAUUCUAUGUUAAGAUUUGAGGGAGAUAUAUGACGAGCUCAUCAUAUUAUUUAAAUGAAUUAUUUAUAGUAACAAUUAUUUUGACAUUACCUACUAUUUGUAUACAAGAUUACCGGUAAUGAAUAUAUUAUUAUUUUUUGUAGGUUUUAGUAAUGGCACAUAAAAUGUAUUAUAAAAAUUCAAUUUUAAAUUUUGUUUGUCAAGUUUAUUCAAAUUUUAUUUUAAAAUAUUGUUUAAUAUUAAAAAGGCUGAACAGAAUGCCAUCAGGGAACAGUCCCGUAUUGCUCAACCUGAAGAUGUGAGAAGGUUGGUACUUUUAUUUUGCCAAUUCCGUAAUCAAAAAUAUCUUCCAAGAUGAAGCUAAUGGGGUAUUAAUGAAAAAUAAAAUAAAUACUGGCCAUUACGUACAAGAAGAAUAAAAAUACACUUUUAAUUUCAGAAGGGCUGGAUUGUCCCAAAGGCUAGUUCGGAAAACGUGCCCAGAGCACGUGAGGUCCGGGAUCUAGGCUUUUUGAAGUCUGUGAUAAUAUAUAUGUUGGCCAUUCACAAAACAUUGACCUGGCAUUCCCAAAACAUUGACCUGCCAUUCACAAAACAUUGACCUGGCAUUCCCAAGACAUUGACCUGCCUUUCCCAAAAGAUUGACCUUGCCCUUGGGAAUAGAAAGAAGAGAAAAAAAUAAUCCUCAUAGUUUUAUAAUUGAAUUUUUUUUUUAAUAUUGUCAUUACUUUUCAUCAUUUGCAUAACUAUAGAAAGUUUUUUCUAAAGCUUAGACUUAACAAUGAAAAUGAUUUGAUAAAAAAAAUUUAAAUGCUUCUUUCUCGCUGCAUACAGCAAGUAUUCCAUUAUGAAAAUAUCUGCACAGUAUUUUGGUUUCACUCUCAAAGGCUUUUUCUGCUUCAGAUAAGAAUGAAAUGACAUUUUGAAAAUAUUUUUUUUUAGACAUUUGGUCUUUCACUUGGUUCAGAAUUGUAGAAACUUUGUAUGACAAGCUCUUAAAUGACCAAUCACACCCCUGGCACACACCUAUGCCCUACACGUGGACACAUUUUUAUGCACAAAAAUCGUUGUCUUCCUUUACAUCAACAUGGUUACGUCCUGUCAUUUUUACCCACAGAAAACGAGAAGCUUUCCUAAACAGACUUGAGCAGGGAAGGCCUGCACCUUAAAUGUCCAAGAUUCUUGGCAGCAAAGAUAUGACCAUCACUGAGAUCUUCAUUUGGAAAUCCAAAGGGUUCACUGUUAGGUCAUCUAUAAUAACAUUUUUAGACAACAGGAAAUCCUAUUUCUAUGUUUAUUUACAAGGUGAGAUUUUCCAAUAGUGUUCAUUAAUCUUUUUAUUUGAUCAGAGUUACUAGUUUAUUAGUAUCAUUUUGUUUACAAUAAGGUAACAAACAGCUUCUGUCAAGGUGUGAUGAGAUAAAUGCUACGAAUUUUGUCAAUGUUAUUAAUCAUGAAUGAGGUAUUUUUGUGUAGCUCUAGUAAGGCACCAUCCAUAACUGAAGUUCAGUUAUUUUUGACUGAUUUUUGCCCCCUUCCACCAGCAUCACAUAUUUGUCACAAAUUUAGACCCUCUCUUUAUACUAACUUAUACAUCAUUACAAAUUUGUGACCCCCUCUUUCCUACCUAGAAGCGUGACAUCAUUUAUGGAUGGCCCCGAAGCUGUAUUUAAUUUCUAAUAUUUGUUGUAAAUGGGCCCUGUGACAUGUUGAUAUAAAGACAAAAAUUACUGUUUAGUACUUUUGACCUAGUCUAAAGGCACCAGUAAACAUAUGAGGUGAAUGCAUUUGUGAUAAUUUGUUUCAUUUUGUGAAACUCUAUUGUUGGGGAGGAUUCAUUGUCUGCUGCCCACUUUUCCAAUGACUAAAAAUUAUUUUUUUCUUAAAUAAAUAUGUUUAAAUAACCUUGUUGGUUUUUUUUUACAGCUGAGCAAUGUGCCUACUCUUAUAUUAUUAUAUCUUAUUAUAACAAUAUAAAUCCCUUUAAAUUAAAAUAUUUCCUUAUGACUGAAUAACAUUUUCACAAGGACAGCUUCACCUGUUAUUCUUGAUGUAGGAUUAAUGCAAACACAAUUUCCUCCACAAAAGUUAAUAUUUUAGAUCUGACUAUACCUUCAUGAUUGAUAUCAAGAAUCAACUUUGUCUACAUUUAAAUUUAGUCUGGGAAUUUCCCUUUAAGCUUUUACCUGAUCUUAGUUCAAACAAUGGGGAUUUCAUAGAAACUAUUUAUAGAUCAAAUGGAGGUUAUUUCAUUCUUUCAAAAUUCUGCAACUUAGGAAUCCAGACCAAAUAUAUCUAGGAAUCCAUACCAAAUAUUUCUAGGAAUCCAGGCCACAUGUUUCUAAAUCAUCAGCAAAUAAAAAAAAAUUAUAAAACAAAUUGUGAGAAUUUUUCAUUUACCUUGACUAACUUAAAGAUAAAUUAAAGGCAUUUUAAAAAAAAAUUGCUUGACUUUAUUGUAUUUUGUAAAUAUAUAACUUUAUGACUUCACUACUUUAAUCUAAAUUGACUGCACCACCUUAAAGAUGACUUUGUUUGGUCUAGUUUGACUACACAACCUUAAACUUAAAGAUGAUGUGCAGUUCUAAAUAUUGCAUAUGUAUGCCUUGACUGGCCACCUUGAUGACAUUCCUUGCCAUAUAUGGCAUAUUUAUGCCUUGACAGCAUGACCUUAAAGAUGACACCCAGUGUUAAAUAUUGCAUGUUUCAUAUUUAUGCCUUGACUUAACUACUUUAAAGAUGCCAUCAAGUGCCAUAUAUUGCAUAUUUACACUUUGACUGGACCCCCUAAAUGACAUUCAGUGCCAUACAUUGCAUAUUUUUAACUUGACUGGACCCCUUAGAUUAAUUUAAUUUAAUUGCAUUCAUAUUUAUGCAACUAUUGUGUCAUUAUUUUGUCAUGAGUUGGUAAAUUUACUUAAAUUUUGAUAAAAUAUGACUUUAAAAAUAUUCAUUAAAUAUCUCUUGUACAAACAUAUCCUAAUGAGAAAUAUUUAUCUGUGAAUAGAAAUUAAUUAGCCUUAUUUUUAGCCGCACUGACAAAUGUAAAUCUUAGUGAAACUUUUUAAAAUUCAGUUUUGACCCGAAUGACUUAAUGACAUGUCUUUCAUAAAAAUGUCUUACACACGUUUUCAUCACAAAACUGUUGUAUGUAAUUGCGUUUUCAUCUAAUUGUGGGACCAAAAAAGUAAAAUAAAAUUUCCAAAAUAC